GAUACAAAUUCAAGAUUUUGAUAAUUUUUAUUGUCAAGUCACAUCCGAAGCUCCCAGGAGAAGGGACUUAAGAGUGGUAAAAACCAUUUUUGAAUACACUCCGAACUCGAAAGCCAGAAAAGAGACCCGUUGAAGACCUAGUAGGGAGCCGACUGCAGAUCAAAGAUGUUGGACUCUCUGGUCCCUGCCCUGCAGGAUCUGGGCAGGCAGGUGCUACCCACGCUGCCCUCGUUGAGCCAGGAGGAAGUCUCUAUUAUUUGGGGCAGUGUUUCGGAAUUUGUGGAACGGCAGCUAAUCAUGCACAAGGGUGUUCAAAUGCCAGGAUUUGGAACUUUUACUUUCAUGAGACAAAAACUUGAUAUUGGAAACAACAAGUUUAUUCUAAUACAGAGGCCCGUAUUUAUCAUGGCAGAGAAACUGGUGCAGACCCAUGGACUCAAACAAAACAAAAUACAUACUCCUGGUGAUAUUCCAGUUGUUCCUCUGAAUUUUGUCAUGAUAUCCCUGGGUGGUCCGUUUAGCAGGGAUACUGUAGAAGGAUGUGUGAAGGAGACAUUGCUCUACUUAUCACGAAUCAUUUCCAUCAAACAGAAUGUGGAAUUCACAUUUAAAGGAAUUGGAGUUCUUGUGAUCAGAGACAGCAAAGUGAAGAUGAGAUUUUAUAAGGACUUCCUUUGUACCAUGGAUGGAAGUGGGACUUUGAUGAAAGCACUAGCAAAUAGGCCUGGCACCAUGGACUCAGUGUUAUCCAGCAGAGAGGCUGCUGGGAAACGGCCCAGUAGUGCGCUCGCCUUUCCAAGGAUUGAGUUCAAGGAGACAGAGAAUAAACCACCCAUGGAGACCAUUGCAGAAGAAGGUGGAGACACUAGACAAAGUAAACCCAAGUGGAAAGACCAGUCGGACAAAGAAGGUGCCAGAGAGAUCUCAUCACCCAAGAGACUUCGAGAUAAACAAGCUAUCACCCCUGCCAAAGUGACAAAUGUCAGCUUGCUGGACAAGUUUGAGUCAAAUGGAGGUGGUGGCAAGAACAUAAAUCCUGAAAAUUUAUCCUCUCCAGACUGUCUGAAAAAUGUUACUGAGAUGAAGCCCAGAUCAUCUCCAGCUCCAGAUUGCCAGGAUCAUAACAAGGCAGGACAGGAAAUGUGCUAUGUAUGUUUGCAACGAGCGCAGCGUAAUUCCCAGGUGUACUACAGCGAGGAGAGAAAAAAGAGAGACCUGGAAGAUGAGCUUCUUAUACAGCAGUAUCAGAUGCUGAAAGAUCAGGAGGCUCUCUUCAAACACCAGAUGAAAAGUCUGGCCACUAGAGAACAGAAUCAGAAAAAUGCUGCCUAUAACCUUGGAGUUGCUGAAGCUAUAAGAAGGCAUAAGAAUGAGAAACCUGAAUUUUAUAAAUCUUUCUUAUUUGACAAACGACCACUCAGUCCUGAGCUUAAUGCUCUUAGGCAAGUGGAAUAUUCCCAAAGUCUCCUGAAACAAAUGGAUAACAGACGGGAAAAGGAAAUAAAGCAAAGACAAAACAGGGAGUUGAUGGAUCGUCUAGAACAAGUUCAACUCACAGAGGAACUUGCUGCGCAAAGAGCCAGAUAUUUAAGAGACAAGAUGGAAGAAACACAAUGUUACCAGAGGGCUUUGGAUGCACAGAUAAAGAACAAACCCCCCCAGUUACCCGUGUUUGAACCAGACUCCUCUGAGCCCAUCUUUGGUAAGACUGAGCGUGAUUUGCUGGUUGAAAAGCGCAAGCGAGAGCAGCAGUAUAUGAAACAUCAGCUGGAGGCAGCUGCUAACAACAAGAGAAAAGCCAUUCUGGACCAGCUGGUGGAUCAGAGGCGGGAUCUGCAGAUGCUCCAGAGGACGCGAAGAGAGCACUUGGCGGACAGAACUGCUGAGCUGGAACAAGUGAACAGAAUCAACCAAUGCUUGCAGGAGGACUGGGAACGCAGCGCUGGGAUGAAGAAGCAGCGCGACCUGGAGGAGAAGGCUUUCGAGCGGGCUUCUGACAAGCUAUUCCUCCUGGACCAGUGCCAGAAGUACCGGCGCUGCAAGCAGUGCCAAAGGCGCACCUCCAACGUGGGCGAGAGCAACCUGUGGCCCUUGAACAAGUUCCUGUAUGGUUCCCGGUUGCUGGUGUAAAACUCAGAAUUGGGACCUGUUUCCUGGGGGAAAGUUUUU